GGGGGGGCAAGUCGUAGCGGAACUUAGAGUUCGUGGGUUCUACGAAUGGGCAUGGAGGGGUAUAUAAGGCCGGCCUGCCCUGCCCUUGAUUGAGAUCGCAAGGUCUAGGUGCUGUUCGUUGAUCAGGAAAAUGGCCGACCGUGUUACCACCCAGCCCAACUUCGACGACUCCAAAGAUGUCGUCGUAAUGCAAGAAUACAGCGACCGCUCCUCCUCCCAGCACGAGUUCAAGUCCGGCACCAACGCCGCCCUCCUCUCCGCCGCCUCCCAAUUCACCCCCGAAGAGCGGAAAUCCAUCGAAAAACGUCUCCUCCGCAAAGUCGACCUCCGUAUGAUGCCCCUCCUCGUCCUCAUCUACAUCCUCAACUACCUCGACCGCAACGGAAUCGCGCAGGCUCGUCUCCAGGGAUUGGAGAAGGAUACCAAGUUGGUCGGGACGGAUUAUAAUACGGUUAUUUCGAUCUUGUAUGCUGGUUACAUCUUGUGUCAGGUGCCGUCGAACCUGUUUUUGUCGAAGUCGAAGCCGUCGGUGUUUUUGCCGGCUUGUAUGGUUGUUUGGGCGAUUGUGAGUGGGUGUACGGCGGCUACGCAUAACUACACCGGUUUGGUUGUUGUGAGGUUCUUUUUAGGUAUUGUUGAGGCACCGUUUUUCCCGGGUGCGUUGUACUUGUUGUCGUCGUGGUACACUCCUCGCGAACUCGGUCAGCGUACCGCACUCCUCUACUCUGGAUCCCUUCUCUCGGGAGCCUUCGGUGGAUUGAUCUCGGCUGGUAUCCUGAAGGGUAUGCAAGGUGCCGGAGGGCUCGAUGCCUGGCGCUGGUUGUUCAUCAUUGAGGGCUUGAUGACCAUCGUCGUCGCUGUCGUCGCUAUCUUUAUCUUGCCCGAUUUCCCGGCGACCACGAAAUGGCUCACCGAAGAAGAAAGGAUCAUCGCGCAAUACCGUCUCAUCGAGGCGAGCGGUGCAACCCCCGGUGUUCCCACCGAGGACGUCGGUUUGUGGAAGGGAUUCAGGAUGGGGUUGAAGGAUUACAAGAUCUAUGUCCUCAUGCUCAUCCAGACGGCCAUCACAACCUCCGCCUGCUUCACAAACUACUUCCCAACAAUGGUCAAGACACUCGGCUAUGACUCAACCCGUACCCUCCUCCUUACCGCCCCACCCUACCUCGCCGCCUUCUUCUCCACCUACCUCGUCUGUCGUCACGCCGACAUCCACCGCGAACGGACAAUCCAUAUCGUAAUCCCAGUCCUCUUCGCGAUCGCCGGGUACAUCAUCCUGCUCGCUACCCCCACAACCUCAAUCGCACCCCGUUACGUCGCCCUCUUCCUCAUGACAGCAGGAAUCUACCCCGCGUACAAUAACGUCCUAACCUGGGUCUCCUCCUCCAUUCCCGGACCACCAGCUAAACGCGCGACCGCCCUCGCCCUCGUGAACGGAUUCUCGAAUAUCGCGAACUUGUACGGAUCGUAUUUGUUCCCGGCGCAGGAUGGACCGAAGUAUACGAUGGCGUGGAUUGUGCUCGUGGUGUUUUCGGGGUUGGUUAUUGGUGGGACAUUGGCGAUGAGGUGGUUGUUGAAGAGGGAGAAUGUUAGGUUGGAGGAGAGGGAGGAGAGGGAGGGGUUGGCGUUUGAGGCGGAGAAUGGGUUGAAGAGGUUUAGGUAUAUCUUGUAGGGUGUUUCGUUUGGCGUGGGAGGAUCUUGAAUUGCUGCUUACUUAAUCUGGUUGAAGAGUAUACUUAGUAAUUGC